AUGAAUAAAAAGUCAGAAAAUUUUGCCUCAGUGAUGCUUACUACCAAGGUGAAGGAAAGAGAUAAAGAAAGGGGAAAAAGCAGAGAUGGAGCUAAAGAAAGCAAAUCUGUCCUUCUAGUUGUUGUUCCCUUCUUGGAGAUUGAUACGGAGGUGGAGGUGGAGGUGGGGGUGGCGGUAACGGUGGUGGCGGCGGCGAUGGAGGUGGUUGGUGUAGAUUUUGGAUUUGAGUUGGGGUUAGGGGUGGGCGAUGGGGUGCGAGAAAGAAGACAGGCGCUUCCAGUUUAUGCCGUUGGGCCCUUGCACUUUCUCCAGAAAGAUGUCGAAGAUAAAAGUCUAGAAAUUCUUGGAUCAAAUCUUUGGAAAGAAGAUCAACACUGUCUUGAAUGGCUCGAUUCCAAAGAGCCAAACUCUGUUGUCUAUGUAAAUUUUGGAAGCAUAACAGUCAUGACACCUAAACAACUCAUUGAAUUUGCUUGGGGCCUUGCAAAUAGUGGUCAAACCUUCUUGUGGAUCAUAAGGCCGGAUCUUGUCACUGGGGACGAAGCGAUUUUACCACCAGAGUUUCUUGAAGCCACCAAAGAAAGAAGCCUGCUGGCAAAUUGGUGCCCUCAGGAGAAAGUUCUUAGCCACCCUUCCAUUGGAGGAUUCUUAACUCAUAGUGGAUGGAAUUCAACUCUCGAGAGUAUUGGCAGUGGAGUGCCAAUGAUUUGUUGGCCAUUUUUUGCUGAGCAACAGACUAACUGUUGGUUCAGCUGCACCAAAUGGGGGAUUGGCAUGGAAAUCGAUAGUGAUGUAAAGAGGGAUGAAGUGGAAAUUCUUGUUAAAGAGUUGAUGACUGGAGAAAAGGGAAAAGAGAUGAAGAAAAGGGCCCUCGAGUGGAUGAAAUUGGCUAAAGAUUCUGCUAAAAAUUCAGAAGGAUCAUCUCACAAGAAUCUGGAAAAAGUGAUACAUCAAGUUCUUCUCUCUACAAAACUUUAGAGAAAUUAAUUGGCCUCCUUCAUGAUGCAUCCUUUGACACUGCUUUAUUUUUUUAGUUAUUUUCCAGUUAUUCUUUCAUGAUUUGUGGGGAUCAUGUCACUGUAUCUAUGCUAUGUUUGCUUUAUAUAGAUUAAAAAUUAAAAGGAA